AUGACUAUCUUGUUUUUGUUUCUUGCUUUCUACUCUUCACACCAUAACUCAGCCAUAUCUAUCGCUUUGUCUUUCUUGCUUUCUUCUCUUCUAUCAAUUAUAUCAGCCAUAAGUAACUUCUCUUUCUUUCUCGUAUUAUUCUCUUCCCAUCAUCAUCUCAACCAUGACUUUUCUUCUUUCAUUCAUUACAUCAACCAUAAAUAUCUUCUGUUUCUUUUUUUUAUGUCUCCUCUUUGCUCCAUCAUCUCAGCCAUGACUACAUUUUUCACUGUAUUUCUUGCAUUCUUCUCUUCCCACCAACAUCUCAACCAUGACCAUUUUUUGCUAUUUCUCUCUUGCUUUAUUCUCUUCCCAUCAUUAGUCAUGAAAUUUUGUAAUAUUUCUCUCUUGCUUGCUUUCUUCUCCUUCUUCUUAUCCUCCUCCUCUCCCUCCUUCAUGAUUUUUCCCUUUAUUUUCUUCAUACCAUCAUCUCUUUUUAUCUUUCUUUCUUACUUUCUUAUCUUCCCAUUAUCAUAUCAGCCAUGGCUAACUUUUCCUCUCUUUCUUUUUUUAAAAAAUGAUGUAUUUUAUUGCCUUACAUCUCACCUUAUAAUCUCUCUCUCUCUCUCUCUCUCUCUCUCUCCCUCAUUCACCCACUCACUCACAUGCUAUAUUCCUUCUACCCCACAUCUUAAUUUCACCAUUUGUUCCCUCUCUCUCAUAUUCUCAGUAAUGUCCAUACUUUUCUCUUUGUUUUUUUUUAUUUGUUACAUUCUCUUUUUUCCUUUUCUUUCUUUUAUUUCCCUCCUUUACUUCUCACUCCUCUCUUUUUCCAUUAAAAUAUUUAUCUAUUUCACCUUUUUGAACCACUGGCACCCAUUCUUCUUUCUCUAUACAUAUUUUGAUCUUUCAGUCUUUCUUUCUCUAUCAUUCCUUGCUUCUCUUCCUCUAGUAUUUUCAUUUCUCUCACUCCCUCUAAUACUAUUCUUCUCCACUCUUGCUAUCUCCUCUGCUCUUUCUCUUCAUUUUCCCUUUAAUCCCAUUUUCCUCCUCUUUUUGUAUCAUAACCCAUCCCUGUAUAUUUCUAUUACUCUUUGCCUCCUUCUUCUUUCUAUCUUCCUUUUCACUUUGUCACUAUUUUCUCCUUCUCAUGAUGUCAGCUUAUCUCUGUCAACAGAAUUUCCUUUCUUUUUCAUGCUUGUAUAA